AUGGUGCUAUGCACUUUAUUUGAAUCUGCAAAAGUCUCAGUUAUGAUAAAUGGUGGACCUAAUGGCUUCUUCUCAGUAGGUAGAGGGUUAAGACAAGGAUACCCUCUAUAUCCAAUACUUUUUGUGCUUAUGGAAGAUGUCCUUAGUAGAAACAUAUCUAAAAUGGUAGCUGAAGGCAAGAUAAGUCCAAUUGUAAUAAGGAAUGAAAUUCAUCCUUCUCAUAUGUUCUUUGUUGAUGAUGUGUUUAUCUUUUGCAAUGGAGCAAAGAAAAGCAUUCAAAAUAUAAUGAAACUUUUAGAAGAAUACCAGAAAAGCUCAGGUCAAGUAAUAAAUAAAAGUAAAAGCAAGUUAUUUAUGGAUGGAACAACUGCAGCAAGGACAAUGCAAAUUAAGGAAAUGGUGCAAAUGAAAGUAAGCACUCUACCUAACAAAUACUUGGGAGUAAUUUUACAAUAUGGCAGAGUAAAAAUUUCAACAGUAUGGCCAAUGGUGGAGCUGAUGCAAAAGAAAUUGGCUACUUGGAAAGGAAAAUUGUUGUCAUUUAAUGAUAGAUUGGUACUCACAAAAUUAGUACUUUGCAUUGUACCAAUUUAUAGUAUGUCAGUAUAUAAGUGGCCAAAAUCAGUAAUUAAAAUUUGUGAGAGAAUAAUUAGAAACUUUUUAUGGUCUGGUGAUGGUGAAACUAGAAAAUACAAAACUCUUGCAUGGAAGAAGGUCUGCUCCCCUUUUAGCGAAGGAGAUCUUGGAAUACAAAGAUUGAAAGUUCUCAAUAAAGCAUUACUGAUGAAGAUUCUAUGGAGAAUAAUAAACUCUGAAGCAGAAUGGGCUCUAUUUAUCAAGGCUAAAUUCCAAGACAAACAGAAUCAAUAA